CUGUCGGCAUGGAUCAAGCAUCAUCCAACAAGCGAACGUUGUACGGUGCAGCUGAUCAGCAGUAUACUUGGAAAGGCAAAACAUGAAGGCGUUCAUUGUGUUCUCUGUGGUCCUGGCCCUUGCCAGCGCGGGUGCAGUCGAAAACUCCAACAAGGAAAAGCGCGGACUGUGGGAGGUUGAGUCGGGACAUGACUCGUACGAAGCCUACGGCCAGCAUCAUCAACCAUUGAACUAUGGAUACACCAAGAAGGAGAUCAUCACAAAGAAGGUCCCAGUUCCCUAUCCAGUAGAGGUCGAGAAGCACGUUCCAGUUCCGGUGAAGGUCCCGUACCCGGUGAAGGUCGAGAAGGAGGUCCCAUUCGUGGUUGAGAAGAAGGUCCCGGUUUACAUCGAAAAGAAGGUUCCAGUGCACGUGGACCGCCCGUACCCGGUGGAAGUGAAGGUUCCAGUUGAGGUCCCAGUUUACAAGAAGGAGUAUGUCGAGGUCCCGAAGCCAUACGCAGUUCAUGUCGAGAAGCCUUACCCAGUGUACGUGAAGCAGCCCGUCUACGUCGAGAAGCAGGUUCCAGUGACCGUCCACAUCAAGGAGCACCACAAGAAACCGUACUGGGACGCAUCAUCUGCGUUCAUUGUGUUCUCCAUGGCUCUGGCCAUCGCAUGCGCGGCUGAUACCGAUGCAGCCAAGAAGGAAAAGCGUGGACUGUGGGAGGAAUCCUAUGACAACUAUGGCUACGACAACUACGGACUGGGCUACUCCGAUUAUGCCGAGAAGGAGGUGAAGCACAUCGUCACGAAGAAGGUCCCGGUGCCGUACCCAGUGGAGGUCGAGAAGCACGUUCCAGUCGAGGUGAAGGUCCCGUACCCAGUUGAGGUCGAGAAGAAGGUCCCGGUCGUCAUUGAGAAGAAGGUCCCGGUGUACGUGGAGAAGAAGGUCCCAGUCCAUGUUGAUCGUCCAUACCCAGUUGAGGUGAAGGUCCCAGUUCAUGUCCCGGUCUACAAGAAGGAGUACGUCGAGGUCCCGAAGCCGUACGCAGUUCAUGUCGAGAAGCCUUAUCCAGUCUACGUCAAGCAGCCCGUCUACGUCGAGAAGCAGGUCCCAGUGACGGUGCACAUCAAGGAACAUCACAAGAAGCCGUACUGGGGUUGAAAAGCUUCUGUAAAACGUUUUGAAAUGAUUUUAUGAGACGAAUGAUGCCAAAAAUAUAAUUCUUUACCUGAA